AAAUUCUUUGGGAAAAAUCUGUGCAUUUUCCAGUUUCCUUUAUCUCACUAGCCUGUGUAUCGAGAUUUAGGAGAUGUGAAAAGUUCUUGGUUGUUUAGAUAUAUAGAUGGCAUCAUUCAAUUCUUGGGCAUAGACAAAUGCGUAGGACUUGAAAGGGCUUUGUUUUUUUUUUGUCAAUGUUCCUGGGUGGAGGAGAGCCUGAUUUUGGAACUUGGCCAUAUUUACACUUGUCAAGGUCAUUUUCAUUCUGAAACUUCUUAUAGUCUUUAUAAAUGGUUUUUGGGUUAUACGUAGGGUAUCUCUAGUCUCUAGAUGAUGCCAACUCUUGGCAUGGUUCUGUCUGUCUGCUAAUGAACUCUUGUUCUUGCAUUUGAGAUUCUUACAUUCUGUGUUGUUGAGAGCAUAUAAUUUCAAGAAUCUUCUCAAUUCUCCUAGGUAAACCUAUGUUGAAGAACAUCCUGACAGCAAAUCCAGAGGUUUGGAUUUCACAAAGUAAAUGUUUCUUCACAUUCAUCAUGCUUGAGUGAUUGCCUCAGCCUCUUCUUUUUCUGAUUUUGACUUCGGAUGAACUGAAGUAGUUUGGAGAUGAUAAGUUUACAAGGGUGUUGGUAUUUUGGCACUUGGUUCGAUCUCUUUAACCAUACCGCCCUUCAGGUGCGAUUUAGGCAGUCACCGACCUUCUUGCCUUUCCUCUAUUUGAUCGGCGUUCUCGUCUUCGACGCUGUACUUUCUGCUUCCGUCCCAAUUCCCGGAGCUCCGAUCGCUGUGACUUUUCAUUUCACUCCUUUCAGAUGGGAAUCCGGCCCCAGCGUGCACAGAUGCAGAGUUCACGUGUUGGUGGCAUCCGUGAUGAUAGUUCAGGUCAUCUGCAUAAUACCUUAACUAUGGUUCCUGGGCUGAACCGUGCACGGAAACUCAUUAGAGGAAGAAUGUAAGGGUUUUCUGUUUGCAUGAUUGUUGAUGCUUUUGUGAAAAUGUUUAGUACAUAUUACUGACACUGACUUGUGGUUAGAGUUUUUAUUUGUUUCUGUUUUCAUUGCAUCAAAUAGUUGUAUCUCCUACUUGAUUUAGCCUACUUUGCAGUACAAAGUAGAGUAUAAUAUCUAUUAGAUACUUGGUGUUGAAAUUGGCAACACUAUCACUGAGAUUACAUAAUCAAUGAAUUUUCUCACCAUUUAAUAACAAGCAUUGUAGUCUAGUUGCUGAGGGACCUAAGUUAAGGUGGUAUGGCAACUGUCUCACUAAACAAUUCGAUAAACUUCUGUUAUUUUGAAUUUUAUUGAAAAACCCUAGUCAUUUAUGAUUCCUAAGAAAUUGGUUUUAACCUCAAAGGUCAUUUUCAACACUUUUUUUUCUGGCUCAAUCAUUUUAGGGUCCUUUCAAAAUUUUGAGCACUAGAAAGGUUUGGGUUCAAUUAGAAUAAAAAAAGAAGAAGCUAAUGGUAGAAUAAAAAAGAUACAUAAAAAUUUUCUUGCCUUCUAUCUGUUACUUUUGUUUUAAUCUUCUUCCUCACUUCUCAUGCAACAGGGAAUGCAUUGCCUUUAACAAUAGGCUUAUUUUAGAGAAGAUUAAAAUUUAAUGAACUUGUGAUUUUGUU